AUGGAGAAGCAGAAGCAAAAGUGUAGAGUUUGUGUUACAGGGGGUUCUGGGUAUAUUGGUUCUUGGAUAGUGAAAAGGCUACCUGAAAAGGGUUAUAAUGUCCAUGCAACUCUCAGGAAUUUGGAGGAUGCAUCAAAAGUGGGAGUUUUAAAGUCUCUUCCUCACGCAGAGACCAGUCUGGUGCUAUUCCAAGCUGAUAUAUACAAUCCCAUUGACUUUGAGCAUGCAAUUAAAGGGUGUGAGUUUGUUUUCCAUGUGGCCACUCCUAUGCUGCACAACUCUCAAACCUCUCUGUACAAGGACACUGCUGAAGCUGCUGUAGCUGGGGUUAGAUGCAUUGCUAAUUCUUGCAUUCGAUCACAGACCGUCAAGCGGCUCACCUACACCGCGAGCUGCAUGUCCACUUCUUUGGGUUUUUUGAAGGCAUAUAAAAGAUCAAAGACAUUGGCAGAGAAAGAAGUAUUGAGCUACAAUGAAAUUGAAAAUGGUAUACUAGAAGUGAUAACCAUUCCAUGUGGUGUAGUGGGGGAUCAGCCUCUUCCUCCCUAUCUUAAUGCAACUGUCGGAUCACUAUUGGCACAGCUUACCGGGAAUUUAACUGGUUACAAUCCAUUGAAAACUGUGCAAGAAAAUACAGGUUCAAUUCCUCUUGUACACAUUGAAGAUGUUUGUGAAGCACAUAUCUUCUGCACGAAACAACCUUCAUUGAGAGGUAGAUUCUUCUGUUCAGUGGUCAAUCCCGCUCUCAAAGAAAUUGCUCUCUACUUCUAAGAAAACUACCCGGAAUACAAGAUUGCAAAAGAAUUCAUAGAAGAACCAGAGAAAGGAAGCGUACACGAUUUCACGAAGCUGAUCAAGAUGGGUUUUGAGUAAAAAUAUGGUAUGAAGAAGAUAUUAGAUGACAGUAUAAAGUAUGGAAAGCGAAUUGGAGCUGUCUAAUAAGUGAAUCCAAAGAUUAGUUAUGUGGGAUACUUGUCUUUUUCUCUUUUUCCUUACGUGUCCCUAUUUUAAUUUUUUUCCUACCGGUUCACAUGUUCCACUUCAAAUCUCUUUAAUCUUCUCUGCUUUAGACCAUGUGAAUAUGCCCUAAGUAUUGAUCCACACCAUAUUACGUUUUUUUUGGGUAAAUUUCACACCAUGUUACUUUUUAGUGCUUUUUAAUAUCUUUUCUUAUUCAAUCCAAAUACAACCUACUUUAUUUUCUGUCAACCAAAAAGAGAGAUAAAUUAUAGUAACACAAAGAUGAAACAUGUAAUAAAAUGUGACACAGAACUUCCGCAGCUGUUGACCAUAAAAAAAUAUAUAGAUUUUAUGUAAAAAAUAAAAUAAAAUAAAAAUUUAAUAACAAAGUGUUAAAUAAAAAAUUAUGUAAGAAGGUUGAAACUUGAAAGGAUAGGUAAGGAAAAAUAUCAGCACCACUCACAAUUUGUUGUUUAAGGGUAAGUUUCGGAUUCAAAAGCUUCCAUUUUUCUUUUCUUUUUUUCUUUUUUUUUUUAAUAAUGAUCAAAAGUUUCCACUAACAACCCAAUGAAGGUAAAGUCCACUGUUUGUUUGGUUGCC